AUGAAGCUGAACAUCUUUGCCGCGGCCCUGUCGGCCGCCUCCCUGGCCGCCGGUCACGGAGCCGUUACAAGCUACCAGAUAGGCUCGACCACAUACCCCGGCUACACCGGCUUCUCGCCCGCCACCUCGCCCGCUUCCAUCCAGCGUCAAUGGCCCGACUACAACCCCAUCAUGAGCGUCUCAGACGCCAAGAUGACCUGCAACGGAGGCACCUCGGCGGCGCUCACGGCCACCAUAGCGGCCGGGCAGAACAUCACGGCUAUCUGGUCUCAGUGGACGCACAAGCAGGGGCCCGUGAUGGUCUGGAUGUAUAAGUGUGCCGGCGCCUUCUCCGCCUGCGACGGCAAGAGCAAGAGCUGGUUCAAGAUUGACCAGAUGGGUAUGUUUGCGCCGCCGCUGAGUGGAGAUAGCUGGGGCACUGCUAUUGUUGUCGAUAAACUCAAGUGGUCGAGCAAGAUCCCCACGAACCUUGCCCCAGGCAACUACCUCAUCCGCCACGAGCUGCUUGCGCUCCACCAACAGAAUACGCCACAGUUCUACCCUGAGUGUGCUCAACUCGUCGUCACCGGGAGUGGCUCUGCUUCGCCAUCCUCGGACUUCCUCUACUCGAUUCCUGCCUAUGCCUCCGCCAACGACCCUGGUGUCAACAUCAACAUCUACUCAAGCACCGCUACGACUUACACUCUCCUCCAGGUGGCGGCAUCUGGUCUGGCUUCACCUAGGCGGUUGAAAGUGCUCCGUUGCAGGUCGUCCUCGGAUCUGUGA